AUGGCAGAUUCACUUGCAAAGUUGUCUUCUAUGCUCGAGUCUGCUAAGGACUUGACAAUAGAAGCUGCUGUUUCGGCCUCAUCAAGAUUGACGGAUACUCCUAGUGCUCUGAGGCCCCAAGAGAUAUCUAAAUUGUUGAGUUCUAGGUCAGACAGAGAUGUAUUGAAUGGCAUGAGAUGCGUAAUAUCAUUAGUAGCGAGAGGAGAAGAUGCUGUCCCUUAUUUCACAGAUGUUGUGAAAAAUAUUACGUCUACAGAUCUGAAAGUAAAAAAUUUAGUUUCAAUCUAUUUAACAAGAUUUGCUGAGAUAGAACCUGACACUGCUCUUUUAUCUAUAAAUUCAAUUCAAAGGUCGCUUAAUGAAAAGGUUCCAUUGAAGCGAGCCAAUUCUAUCAAGACAUUAGCUGGAAUUCGAAUUUCAUCUAUUCUACCAAUCGUUUCACUUUGCAUCAAACGGACAAUUGGGGAUCCUUCUCCUCUAGUGAGAGGAUCUACUGCAAUCGCAAUAGCUAAGGUAUUUGACGUAGCAACCUCCGAGAAAAAACAGCUUUUCAGUUAUCUCGAACUUUUGUUAACUGAUAGUGAUGUUUUUGUUGUCAGUUCUGCUAUCAAGGCAUACUAUAAGAUAAGGAAUAACAUUUCGUCAAAAACACAGAGAUGGCGCCCAAUACAUGGAAACUUUCGUCGAUUUUGUACAUUAUUGGAGUCAAUGGACGAAUGGGCACAGGUUUUCACGAUAGAGAUCUUGACAGACUAUUCAAGAACGUUUUUGCCACGAGCCAAAGUGAAAGCGAAAGAUGAGAGCGGCCAAAUGAUAGAUAUUCCAGAUUCAUAUUCUCAUUAUCACUUCCAUGAAUAUGAAACUGUAAUGGAUGAAGAUCUCAAACUUUUCGUUGACUCAUUAGAGCUAAUGGCCUACUCUGAUUCUGACGCUGUUUUAAUCGGUACAUCUCGAGCCAUUCAUUCGCUCAUGCCUCCAUUGAUUUUUGAAAAGUUCCUGAUGCCUAAUGCUUUGCUCAGGAUUGCAGUCUCAGCCACUAGUAAUCAGAAUUCGCUUCUCGCUUUACAAGUAAUCUUAUCGAUUUCGUCUGAGAACCCUACAAUUUUUGGUCCUUAUUAUAGAAAUUUUUUCGUUUAUCCUUCCGAUUCAUUUCAAGUUGCAGAAACUAAGCUAGGAAUUUUAUCAUCUUUAGCUGAUAUCAACACUAUUCUGUUCAUCUUCGAAGAAUUAAAGUUUUAUUCUUUGAAUGGUCUAGAAGAUGAGAAAAUUGCGAUUAUAUCUAUAAAAGCCAUUGGGCACUGUUCACAGAUAUCACCAGAAUGGAAUAAAAAAAUUUUGAGGUGGUGCCUAAAACAUGUUACAAUAUUAAGAGGGAGCUUGUUAAGUGAAUUAUUAACGGUCAUCAGAUACUUAAUACAAGAAAAGAGGAACUUUAUUGGAGACAGUGUAGGGGCAGAGCAUGAUAUAAUCAGAACCAUAUUUAAAAUGUCUCUUGUAUUACAAGAUGAAAGCUUUGUUUUAGAAGAAAAUGCGAAAGCUAGCAUAAUCUGGAUGAUAGGAGAAUUCACCAGUUCAGUUGACAAUACUAUUGGCCCUGAUGUCUUAAGGCAGCUCAUAAAUGGAUUUUCAGAGGAAUCAGAUGAUGUGAGAUACCAAAUCUUGAUCCUUGCGGCUAAGUGUAUAUCCUACGAACUAGAUAAAAUGAAAGCUUUUGAUGAAGGAUAUGAACAGAGGAACUUUGAAGAAAAUAGGAUUUUCAAAAUGUUUCAACAUGUUCUACAUCUAUCUAAAUAUGAUAGAAGCUAUGACACAAGAGAUAGGGCCAGAAUGUUGAAUACCCUUUUUUGCACAGGAAAGGAGCAAUACCAGCUCGCAUCUCUUUUUUUGCAAGUCCCCAAGCCAGUACCUUCUCUUUCCAUUAAUCAAAUUUUUUCAGGAGGGUAUCCUAACCAAAUUAUUCUUGAAUAUCUCAUUUCAGUGGAAAGAGGUGAACCUAAUAGUCUCCCUCCCUCUAGUAUAAGGAAAGAGGCUCCUGUGAAGCAAAAUAAUUUAAGCACUCAUGGUUUAUCAUUCUUAUCUUCCUCUGGGAGCACACCAUCUCCACCUACAGGGCCAUCGCAACACAGCGUUUCUUCUCAGCAAUUUAAUAGUAAUAUUGGUGGCAAUGUAGUACCGAAAAAAAGUUAUAAAUUGCAAAGUUUGGAUGAAUUUUUUGGUACGAAAGAAUCUUCGGAUGAGGAAGAUGAGGAAGAUGAGGAAGAUGAAGAAGACGAUGAAGAAGAAGAAGAAGAAGAAGAAGAAGAAGAAGAAGAAGAAGAAGACGAUGAAGACGAUGAAGACGAUGAAGACGAUGAAGACGAUGAAGAAGAAGAAGAAGAAGAAGACGACGACGACGACGAAGACGAAGGAGAAGUAGAAGACUAUGAAGAAGAAGAAGAAGAAGAAGAAGAGGAAGAUGAUGGGUAUCCAUAUUUGGAAGGAGAUAUAAAAGGUGACGAUAAUGUAGAUGUUGAUGAAGAGAAAGGUGAAGAAGGGUCUGAGGUGGUGUAA